CUUGACGUAUCAGUCUUUUCUGAGUUCCAAUUGGUCAGAAUUUCUCCUUGCAUAUCCUGUUUUAACCGAGGGUGUUGCGCGUCUCAUGUGAUCAACACGGAGUUACAGUUUCGAUAUCAUCGAUGGUAAACUGUCUAUGGGGGGGCAACUAUAGUCUUCCGUAUUCUGUAUUUCUGUUCUCCUUUUUUUUCGUUUUAAACUUGUGAAAGCAGAUCAUGCAACUGAUUCUGCUGCUGCUGCUGUCAUGUCACGUUGCAUCUGCAGCGAUACACUCCCUGAAGCAUGUCUACACGGCAUCCUCUAAAGUCCCAAAUUUCCCCGAGUUUGUGGCCGUUGUGUUCGUCGACGGGUUUCAAACGGACCACUACAGCAGCAUCACCAAGACGACGGUACCCACGCAGGCCUGGAUGAGCCGAGUUACAGCAGACGACCCAGAGUACUGGAAGAGGCAGACUUCAUACUGGGAAGGCCAAGAGCAGAUAGGAAGGGUCAACAUUGAGAUUUUGAAGGAGCGCUUCAACCGCACUGAAGGCAUCCAUGUAAUCCAGGUGUUGAAUGGCUGUGAAUGGGAUGAUGAGACUGGAGAAGUUAAUGGUUUUGGUCUAAUCAGUUAUAAUGGAGAAGACAUCUUAAUAUUGGACAUGAAAGCACAGAGAUGGAUCACCACAAAACCACAGCUUGUCAGAAGCCAACACAAGUGGAAUAAUGACAAAAGUUGGUUAGAAUUCAUGGAGCACCGUUUGAUACAGGAGUGCCCUGUGAGGCUGAAGAACAGUCUGAAAUACGGGAAGAGCACUCUGCAGAGAACAGAGCUUCCCAGGGUGUCUCUGCUCCAGAAGACUCCCUGGUCUCCAGUGAGCUGCCACGCCACUGGUUUCUACCCAGACAGAGCGCUGAUGUUCUGGAGCAGAGACGGAGAGGAGCUCCACGAGCACGUGGACCACGGCGAGCUCCUCUACAACCAUGACGGGACCUUCCAGAUGAGCGUGGAUUUGAAUCUUUCGCUGGUCAAACGUGACGACUGGUGGCGGUACGAUUGUGUGUUUCAGCUCUCCGGUGUCAAGGAUGACAUCCUAACCAAGCUGGAUCCAGCAGUGAUCAGGACUAACUGGGUUGAGAAGCCCAGUGCUACAACACUCCCCAUCACGUUGUCUGCAGUGGUUUCCGUCUUGACAUUGGCCACCGGAGUCACAGUUUACAAAAAGAAAAAAGCCAAGAGCCCUUCAGAUUCUCCCGACAACGUCGAGCUCUCUGAGAAACUGAAACCAGAAACCUGAUUGCAGACAGACAUUUGUGCACCCGGUGAACCGGAGUAAGAAGAGGUGUUGUCACAUCCAUCAUGCAGAAAGCAGGCCAUUUGUUUGGUUUUGUGGCACUGAUUGAGGAUUGAGAUUUUAAUUGAAUCCUAAAAUGGAAAGUCCGACUUGGGCCAAAGGAAUAAAUAAGCCUUGUUGUGUGUCUGACACUCACAAACAAAAUCCACAGUAGUUGACGUUAAUCCUUAAUUACAGUACGUGAUGCUAUGAUUUCUUAUAUCACAUAAAUGAACACACAGAAAUAUUAUAACACGUGUUUACAGUAUACAGUCGGAAAUGAACAAGUGUUGUUUUGCUAAAAAGUACAAAGAAAAUCUGUAUUUUUUUUUCCAGUUAUGUAAAUAUUCUGGUCAUAUAUUUCGGUAAAACAAAGUUUUUGGUAAAAGCUGCACUUUAUGUUGAACUCAAAGCCAAGUAUAAUUAAUAUAUUUUAUCUUUGGAUACACAGUGUUGAACUUAUGUUAGUCUUUAUUUUACUUUUUUUUUUUUUUUUUUUUUUUUUGUUAAUGAAAUGCAUCACAGCUCCGAUAUUAUAUGUUUGUAGAAAGUCUCACUGUAAGCUAAAUAACCCGCUUACGCUACUGAAAAAUAAGCUUCAUAAGGUUGGCAUCUUCCAUGUCUUUUGUUUGUAUUUUAACCCCUGUGUUAUCUACUAUGCAACUUUUUGUUAUUUCUGGGUCAAAAUUUAAAAUUCACACAAUUUUUAUAACGUUUUAGGCCAUUUUUUUCAACACUUUUGUCGCUUUUCCCAACGUCAGAACAGAAAAUCUGCAAAUUUUCCCUUAAGCUACCAGCUAACACUAGCGGUAGCUGGCUAGCUUUGUUACAUAUUUCAAAACGAAUAGUUGUAGUCUUGCAACGUGUGACCCUGCAAGAUCCCCAGUCUUUAUGACAGUGUUUCACGUUAGAUGUGAGAUGGUGUCAGACUUAAGUUUGUUCAAACUCUUCUAGUGUACGGUAGGCAUUAGGUUCACAACAGAUUUUGGCCGCCUGUUUGCGCGCCAAACCAAAACCACUUUUUCAAACUACAGUUACGUGACACUCAAUGAAGAAUCUGGCAGAUUUGCCGACUUUGAGAUUCAGAAAUCCUCCCCAGAAGCAGAGAGAUUUCAUAUUUUGGCUGUGAAAACAAGUUGCUUUGAGUCGGCUGUGUGGUUGCCUGCUUUGUUUCGCUUGAUUUUGCUAAACUCUGCAAUGGCAGAGGAUGUUCUUGCUGACUUCUUCAGGGCUUUAAGUCGACUAAACUGUUAGUGGGACGGCUAUACGACACGUGCAAUGAAACCAGGGAUGCACCGAAUCAUCGGCUUCAGAUUUGGCCGAAUAUUGGGCUUUUUGACGUGGUUCUGUUUCCCCCGAACCCAACCCUACACUUGCUGGUCACCGUAACGACAUCGCCGUUGAGUACGGGAAGGUGUUUACGUAGGUGGAGCGUUCAAUGCAGCGGGCUGUGAGAAAGUGGACAUGGAUCUG